CAAACCUAAAUGAACUUUGCCCAAAGACUUCCAGACACCAUAUGUAGUCUUGGAAUAAAGAAGGAUACUCUAUGUACACAGAAAUGUUUGUUAAAAACUCAACCCUGAAACCCUGAGUAGACUUAUUCAUUGAGCAAUGCAGAGUGGCCAGCUUUCUCGCCACAUGAGGAUCCACACUGGGGAGAAACCGCUUGGAGUGUCGGGUUUUCCUCCCAUCUGGACUCGAGACCUGGCUUCCACACUGGGGAGAAGCUGUAGAAAUGCUUGGAGUGUGAGAACCAUCAGAGAACCCACGCGGGCCAAAAGCCAUUCAGAUGCUUAGGAAGUGGCAAGACCUGUAGGAAUAGCACAGACCUUCCUUUACAUUGCAGAGAAGGUCCAGAUAGAACAAACUUUCAUUGCCAGAAGAUGUUCAACUGCAACACGUCGGCGAUCACUUCCGGGGAUGCCCCAUUGUAUCAGAAGCUGGAAAGAAGCAUGAUUGGUCAGCAGGAAGCAGGAGGAGACCUUGAUGCGAUCAAAGAAGAACCAGGAGGAGACCUUGAUGCGAUCAAAGAAGAACCAGGAGGAGACCUUGAUGCAAUCAAAGAAGAACCAGUAGGAGACCCUGAUUUGAUCAAAGAGGAAGCAGAAGAAGACCUUGAUGUCACCCCGGCUGGGAGAAGCGAUGGCGGACCCUGGGUCACUGCUGGGGAGAAGACCCCCUUGGAGGUGACUCUUGGCCACAAUGGACAGCCAGGGCCAUGCAAAAUACAACCGGCAGGAGAGGUCAAGGAGGUUGGCUCGGAAACCAAGUCGGGACCACCCCUCCGGUGGGUGGUGAAGGAGGAGGGCAACGGAAACGCAAUGCUUCAUCCUCUUCCUCCCUCUUCCUCAGGGGGCCUUGAUAGGCAUAAAAGAAAUCACAAAGGAGAGAAACGGUAUAAAUGUGAGGAUUGUGGAAAGGCCUUCACUGAGAAUGCAAACCUUAAAGUGCACAGACGAAUCCACACAGGAGAGAAACCAUAUAAAUGCUUGGAGUGUGGAAAGAACUUCACUGUGAGAAGUCAACUUACUGAGCAUACAAGAACCCACACAGGAGAGAAACCAUAUAAAUGUGUGGAGUGUGGAAGGGGCUGCGCUACGAAAUGGAAGCUUAAUGUGCACAAAAGAAUCCACACGGGAGAAAAACCAUAUAAAUGCUUGGAGUGUGGAAAGAGCUUCUCUGUGAGUGCAAGCCUUAAAGUGCACAGAAGAACCCACACUGGAGAGAAACCAUAUAAAUGCUUGGAAUGUGGAAAGAGCUUCAGUGGGAGGACAAAUUUUAAAGCGCAUGAAAGGACUCACAUGCAAGAGAAACCUUAUAAAUGCCUGGAGUGCGGAAAGAGUUUCCAUUCAAAAGGAUACCUUGCUAAGCAUAAUAGAAUCCACACAGGAGAGAAGCCAUUCAAAUGUGUAGAGUGUGGAAUGUCCUUCAGUUUUAGAGCAAGCCUUAAUCUGCAUAAAAGAACCCACACUGGAGAGAAACCAUAUAAAUGCAUGGAGUGUGGAAAGAGCUUCAGUAUGAGAGGAAACCUUACUGAGCAUAGAAGAACCCACUCAGGAAAGAAACCAUAUACAUGCCUGGUUUGUGGAAAGAGCUUCCAUGUUAAAGAAUACCUUAAUAAGCAUAAUAGAACCCACACAGGAGAGAAACCGUACAAAUGUUUGGAGUGUGGAAAAUGCUUCAGUGCGAAAGAAAGCCUUAAUGUGCAUACAAGAACCCACACGGGAGAGAAACCAUAUAAAUGUGUGGAAUGUGGAAAGAGCUUCCAUGUGAGGGGGGGACUUACUGUGCAUGAAAGGAGCCACAUGAAAGAGAAACCAUAUAAAUGCCUGGAGUGUGGAAAGAGUUUCAGUGUGAGGGGGAAACUGACUGUGCAUGAAAAGAUCCACAUGAAAGAGAAACCAUACAAAUGCCUGGAGUGCGGAGGGAGCUUUUCCCGGAAAGCAGGCCUUGGCUCCCACCAAAGAAUCCACAUGAGGAAACAAACCUAAAUGCUUAGAGUGUGGAAAGAACUUUGCCCAAAGACUUCCAGACACCAUAUGUAGUCUUGGAGUAAAGAAGAUACCCUAUGUACACAGAAAUGUUUGUUAAAAACUCAACCCUGAAACCCUGAGUUCAUUGAGCAAUGUGAGUACUGUAGCUUAACUCUUAUAAAAAUGGAACCAUUCCCCUUCUUUGAUGGGAUGGGUGAAUGGCAUGAGAGUUGUCCAUCUCAGAAGAACUUAAAAGGAGCUUUGGGCCCUUCUACUUUCUUUGCCAUGGCACUUCUUUUGGCUUUUUAGUAUGUCUCGAUGGUAGGGGGCACUUGUGCUUUUAGCUCUCCAUGGAAUGGCCCUCGACUUAUCCAUGGGUCGUAUCAAAAUCCAUAACAUUGGCCUCAAAAGCCGCCUUUCACAUAUACAAGUCGACUUAUCCAUGAGCAUAUGAGGGAAAUAUGGCAAAGAAGAAAUAGCGCAUUUCACUGCAUAAUAGUCACACUAUUUCCCAUGUAAAAAGGAGGUACGACUAUUAUGUGAAGUCAAAAUCUGGUGGCUUUUGUGUGUGUUUUUUAAAAAAAAAAAUUAAAGACCUUGAAUUCUAAAUUGGGAGGAAGGGGAGAGAUGAUCCAGAGAAAAACCCUACAAAUGCUUGGAGUGCUACCAGAGCAUAGUAGUCCACACCUUAGUCACAUCCCGUUUAGACUACUGCAACGGUCUCUACGUAGGGCUGUUUGAAGAUAGUUCGGAAACUUCAGAACUUCCAGAGAUCAGCAGCCAGGCUACUAACUGGAGCACCGUUCAGGGAGAGAACCACUCCCCAUGCUGCUGCAGCUCACUGGCUGCCGGUUGGCUUCCAGGCUAAAUACAAAGGGCAGGUUCUUACCUUUAAAGCCCUAAACAGCUAGGGCCCAGAUUAGUUGAUGAACCGCAUCUCCAACUAUAGAUCAACUCGGACACUGUGGUCAUUGGAGGAGGCCCUGCUCUUGGUCCCACCCCCGUCCCUAGUGUGGAUGGUGGGAACGAGAGAAAGGUCCUUCUCCUUGUCCCCCACCUCCCUUCCUUUGGACCUCCCUUUCAAAGAAGUUAAAGAUGACCCCCUCCCUCCCUUCCCUCAAGAAAUAGCUGAAGACUUACCUUUGCUCACUGGUUUACGAGGAGGAAUAGAUGAUAAUACUACCAUUAUACCUCGGAUUAAUAGCUGCUAUCAGUAUCUGUGCCAUGUUAGCCCCACCUGCUCAAUAGACAUCUUGAGCAGUGAUUCUAUUUGCCCACAAGGAACUGAGAAAGCUUCUGUUCAAUGUUUGAUGUUUUGUUUUAGGUCUGAUAUAACAGGUUGUGUUUUUAAUUUAAUUUAAGUUGUUAAUUUAUAAUUUGUUUUUAUAUGUUGGGUUGUCAAUUUUUGUUAAUUUUUUAUAAAUAAUUUUAUUAAUAAAACAAAAUUGUUUUAUCCAAUCUAUAAAAGGAGAGGGGAAGGGGCCAAAGACAUAAAAAAUGGGAAAAGGCAAAAUAAAAAACAAACAAAAAAAGGAAAGACUGUGGGGUAUCUUGACUUCCAUCUACUUCUUGGUAUGGUCUUCUCAAAAACAUUCAUACGUGCAAAAAGAAAAAUGAUUCCCUUUCUUUUUUCAUAACUUCUCCUUUCUCUCUGUAACUACUUGUAGGUAGCUAUUUUCUUAUAAAUUCUUUCUAGUUUAUGUUAUUAUUUUCAUCUUGACUUGUUUCAAAUAGUCCUUAAUUGGUUGCCAGUUUUUUUUCAAUUUUUGGUAGCCCUUGGUUUGUUAGUAUCAGAUAGUUUAAUCUGUUCAUAUUCAUAAUAUCCAUUAUUUUUACCAGCCAAUCUUCAAUCGAAGGUGUUUCCUUAAGUCUCCAAUUCCUAGCAUAUCCUUGUCACAGUGACUAGGUAGUUGAAUAAAAUCUUGUUUCUCUCUCUCUAGGUCUAGCAUUCCCAACAGAAAAUACAUGGGUUCCAAUUUGAGAUUUAUUUCUAACAUUUUCUGGAUUUUUGCAUGGUUCUCUCCAGUAUUUUUUAGCAGUUUCACAUGUCUACCAUGAAUGGAAGAAAAUACGUGUCUGCUUUUCACAUUUCCAACAUUUAUCGGAUAGAUUUUUAUAGCAUUUGGACAAUUUUUGUGGCGUGAUGUACCAUUGGUACAUCGUCUUGUACUAGUUUUUUCUUAUCUUUAUUAAUGUAUUCAUUCAUCUGUCUAUGUUUAUUAAUGUAUUCAUUCAUCUGUCUAAUUAAAUUUAUCAGUCUAGCAAAUGAGAAAAAAGAGGCGGAUUUGCAAAAACAGAAAAACAGAAAAUUUUGGGGAUCAUUUUGUUAUAACUUUACUGAUAAAAAUUUGAGAAAAGUAUAAAGAGAGAUUGUAUAUGAUAACACCGAUAUGGGUAUCCUCACUUAAGGCAAUCCAAAGAACAGAAUUAGGGAGGCAAAACUGGCCCACUUAUAGGGAUAUACUUAUAAAAGACAAAAAUACAGACUGAGAAAACAAGAAGAAAUAAACCAAAAAUUUAAAAAUGUUUCCUGGUUUCAACAUGGGUAUACUGUUGUGUUUGAGCAUUUUAUGUUUGGAAUUCGCCCUGAGUCCCUCCAGAGAGAUAGGGCAGAAUAUAAAUAAAGUUGUAUUUUAUUAUUA